AUGGAAUAUGAACUUGAGGAGUUUGUGAGAAACGAUAUCUGGAAACUGGUGCCUCUACCAUAUAGUGUGAAUGUGGUCGGCACAAAAUGGAUAUUCAAGAAUAAGACAGAUGAUAUUGGCUGCAUUGUCGAAAUAAGUCAAGACUUGUUGCUCAGGGUUACUCACAAGUUGAAGGAGUCGACUUUGAUGAAACUUUGCCCCUGUAGCAGGACUUGGAGUCUAUCAGACUGUUUUAGGGCUCCAAGAGCUUGGUAUGAGCGAUUGACGAAGUUCCUGACUGACACAGAGAAGCUGGUGCAAAACUUCGUGAAGAGUAUGACAAAGGAGUUCAAGAUGAGCAUGGUGGGAGAAUUGAAGUACUUUCUUGGACUUCAAGUAAUCAGACUGAGGAAGGUAUCUUUAUUUCUCAAAUACUAUGCCAAGAAUCUGCUGGUGAAGUUUGGUCUUGAAAAGUGCAAGGAGGCAAGAACACCAAUGAGCACACCACAAAGAUUGGAAAGGAUGAACAUGGAGAAGAUGUUGAUGUGA